GGCGAGCACUUCCGCUUGACCUUUCCAUCCCGGCAAAUAUGGCGACUACCAGCAGUUUUGUUGUGCUGUGCUGUCUUUUUGUCCUCCCGCUGUGUGUUUUAGGAGACACCUGUUUGGCACCUGAGGUCAAGACCCAGACUUAUACAACAACUGAGGCAGUCACCUCCACAGAAACUGUAUUCAUUGUUGAAUUCACAUUGAAAUGCAAAAACAGUGUAUCGAAUUUGAACUUGUAUGCCGACAUUCAGGGAAAAACGAUUCCUGUAACCAGGACAGUCAAUGGUGAUAAAUAUCAGGUGAGUUACAGUGAUGAACAUUCCAAACUACCAUCAGGCUCCUAUGAAAUCCGACUGUUUGAUGAGGAAGGAUUUGCUGCUCUUAGAAAGGCUCAGAGAAGUGGAGAUGAUACUGGAGCUGUGAAACCUGUUCAUACCAUCAAUGUUAACCAUCCUGGUGUGUGGAAAGGUCCAUUACUCCAGAGCGAGUUUGUUGCAGCAACUGUAGCAGUAUUUGUAUGGUAUUUAGCAUACAAUGCACGCAGCCAGCUACAGUAAUUUCUUUAGCAUUGUUUAUUUUAUACAAAUUCAUUAACAUUAUUUUCCAAUAAAUUUCUUUUUUUUAUAAAAA